GUUGGAGUUUUAGACAGUGAAAGGACAGAGCAGCAGCUUUUGGGGGAAAACCAUCGUCAUCGUUCAUCAUGAGGUGUCUGGUGUUUCUGCUCUUGGUCGCACUUAGUGGCGCCAAAGUCUUCGAGCGCUGUGAAUGGGCCCGACUUCUGAAGAGGAGCGGGAUGGACGGCUACAAGGGCAACAGCCUCGCCAAGUGGGUUUGCCUGAGCCAGUGGGAGUCUCACUACAACACCCAAACCACCAACCUCAACACUGACGGAACCACCGACUACGGCAUCUUCCAGAUCAACAGCCGCUGGUGGUGCGACAACGGCCAAGGAAUCACGGAAAACACGCGUGGAAUCAAGUGCAGCGGUCAGUGAUGAAGCACCUCAC